AUGUCUGCAGACUUUGAUUCUGCCGCUCGUAUGGCCAAAAUCUCUUAUGACAUCUGUGAAGCCAUCCGUGCUGCUCUGCCUGCUCCCCCUGAGCAAUUCUUCACUGUGAUGGUCCCAGGGAAGGUUGUCAAUCUCAAGGAAUAUAUGGGUGGCUUCGACAUCGACGGUAACGAGACCUCACCCGUUCUCCCCAAUAAAACAGAACUCGCUCAGGCCAUGCUGUGUGAAGAUAUGCCUACCUACUCUACGGUUCAGCUUGGCCCCACAGGGAGGUCUGUUGCUCGUAGCUACCAAGCGGCACUUUCUAAAUUGUUACCUACAGGUACGGCCCGAGGCUCGAGAUUGUCUGCACCACCGUUGGAGUUGACGCAUCAGCAAAGAAACUUACCGACUCUCAACUACGGUACAAGAAGGCUAUGGAAUGGCUCACUACUGAACUUAGACCCCAAGACGCACCAGACUCGAGUCGAACUUUAUACCAAGAAGCAGCACAACUAUACCAAGGUCGUUGAGGAGAAAACCAAGGCCUUCAAUGCGGCACUCGAAGAAGCGAAGUGCAACGCAGCAGAUCCAACAAAUAUGGAAAGUGUUCGUGCCAUAUAUGACAACUGGGUGGACAAGAACGCUAGAACGUACAGGAAUUAUGUGCAAGCUGCGUAUAUGGAUUGGGUUAUUACGGGGAAGAAGGAGGAGGUUGAGUACUACUUCUCCGUUGUUGAUCAAGAUUCGGCCUUGGCGAGGGUAGAGCAGAGCAAGGAAACCAUGCGUGCUAUGGUUAUACAAGAUUCCGACGGCUCCGUUGAAGCACCAGAAAGUUCGCUUAACUCCAUCUUGCUGCUUCCAGCUAAGGAAGACACCAAUAGCACUACCCAGGGUGACACCAAGGUCAACAAGAGCCUCAAAACCACAAUCCAGGCCUUUGUCGAAGCGAGCGACGAAUACAAGAACACGGAGGCGAAGAAGGACGCAUAA